AUGCAAUUCCGGCUUUUGAUUUGCUUUUCAUUAAUUGAAACGACCCUUGGAAUUGCUACAACUGAUGGAUGUAUUAAUGUUUACCCUCCGCAACCAGCCGGUUGCCAAGAUGCAAUAAAUCCGCGAACAGGCGUGUCCGAUUGCUCCGCCAGGAAAAAUCUCUGCAACGACCCGAUGUAUUAUACGGUAAUGACGAAGAAUUGUCCAAGAACUUGUAAUCGAUGUACCAUAUCCACUUGUUUUGAUCAAAUUAAUCCACGAACUAGACAAAGCGAAUGUGGCUCAAAAGUUGCCAUGUGUAAGCAAGCCGGAUAUCAGAAAUUAAUGCGUGAGCAAUGUCCGGUGACGUGUGGAUACUGUAAACGGCCUCCAACCUCACAGCUUGCACGCCAAGCUCCUUUAGUCAAGACGCAAGCAGUAUGCCAAGACCUGAUGGGCGAAUGCCGAUUCCGGGCAGCAUGUGGUUAUUGCAUCACUUAUCGUGACAUGAUGUACAUAUUUUGCGGCAAGAGUUGCGGAUUCUGUAUU